AUGACGACGGAGCACGAAAGUAACGAUACGAAGCAGCAGGAAGAAGAAGAAGAGGAGAAGAAGAGUGACCAGGAUGAGGUGCAAUUUAUAGCCACGAACAAGAACUUAGUGCAGGAACAAGAGGACGACAAGAACGUGAAAACAAAUGGAGAUAACUUGAGCCAGAAACGCUCAAGAGAUGAUACGAAUGCUCCUAAAAUGGGCGAUAAACGACUCGUUUCAGCACCAAAAAUGAUGCUGGAGACGGAGAUCCAGUGUAUUAUAUGUCAGUACACGAUGUUCAAGCCAAUAACAGCAAUGUGCGGACAUUCCUUUUGUCGUGUGUGUCUCUUGGAUUCGUUAUUGAUGCGAUCAAUUGAAGAAGCACAUUGUCCAAUCUGUCGCGUUGAGAUUUUACAGCCGUUCUUUGCAAACUCGUCUUUAGCGUCGGUGUUUUCGAUUAACGUCACGCUAUGGAAUCUUAGCCAACUCCUAAUCCCGUCGGUUGCCGAGAGAAUUUUGUCGUACCACCAAGAGGAAGAGAAGAUAUAUUUAAACAAGCUUGAUCAACUUGAUAGUAAAUGGAAAGUAUUUACUUUAAGUAAACGUGCUGCAAGAUAUCACGGCGAUGAGCUACAGGAAGAUGAGAGUUUAUUAGAUCGAUCGGAAGAGGAUGAUGGAGGGCACGACGAAUACCCGGUACUGAAAGUUGAAGAUACCCGCGAUGAGUUUCCAAGCAUUUUUGAAUUGUACAACGAACACCAGGAAUGCUCUGUGAAUGUUAUUAAAAUGGAGGAGGACGAGGAGAUGACAGACGGGAUGCCAUUUUUCAUGAAUGAUGAUGGAGACGACGACGGAUUUGUGUGCAGCUCAUACUACAAUGAAAUUAGUCUUCGCGUAUGCGACGAAGCGGACAACUGCGUGAUGGAACGAACUCGCGGUGCUCAAAGUGGUGUGGUGACCUUUCCAGGCUUGCGGCUUGACGUUCCUGGUGGCAUGUACACAUUCCACUUUGCUGACGACUUAUACGGGCUGAAGCUUAGCAUUGCUACUCGUUUACGUGAGCCGCACGAGGUUUCGGACACCCCGGUUGCCGACUUUGUCAGUCUUAUUCAUGGUGAAGCAAGGGAUGCUGGUCGCCGGAAUCGUGAUACACAUCAUGAUAGCGAUAGUGAACGUGAAUUUGAUGGAGAAGAAAAUGAGUUAGACAACUUAUUCAUUGUGGAUGAUUGUGUUAGUGACGAACACAACGAGCAACCCAUCGCUCGCUUCUUGAAUGGUAACGGCCAAGAUGACAUAGAGCACCAUAGUAACGAUGAGGCGGCUGACGAAGAGAGGGAGCAAUGGCGGGCAAGACGGUGGCCGCAUCGGAGCCGACGAUCUGAACGUGACAUUAAAGUUGUCGAAGCGUAUCACGCCGAUGGUGCGUUUUCUAGCGAGGAAGAUGAACAUUUUGAUGGACAAGACACUGUGGAUAAACAUGACGAGGGCGAGGAGGUUGAUGGUGAAGUAAGGUCAGAACGCUGCAAUGAUCGUAGUGUUGAGGGCCACUUUUCUUCGGAUGAAGACGCUGACCAUAAAGAACAUGAUACAGUUAAACAAAGUCAAAAAGACCAGCGCUGCCGCCGUGACGCUAUUUGCUCUCGUCAGCAGAAUGCGAAUCGAAUUGUUGACAGUAAUGACGAAGACGAGGAUGAGAAUGCACCGGUAGAUAGCGAGGAAAAGCAAAAAGUGGACAACGUAAGUGCUGGGGCUCAGAACGAUCACGACGAGGAGCGGUUACAACGCGGAUGUGGCAGUGCAAGCCCUAGUAUAGCUCUGAAGGAUCACCAUCGUGAAGAGGAAGGUACAGUGGCUUUAAAUCUGAACAAAAAGGUUAAUCGCGCUCAAUGGUUUCAAGACGAAAAGUUUGACGAAGGAGACAAAGUCACGUGCUCAGAUGCAGCCGAUGAAGUUACAGAGAGGAGACCGUGGAAACGAUCGCGUAAAGUUCGAAUCAUUACCGAGGGCGAGAGCGAUGAGGAGCAAGAAAACAUGGAACGCUCUGUCCUGUCGACAAGUACUGUGCAUACUUACGAUGAUGAUGAUGACGAUGUUGAUGAUGACAGAGAGGUUAAUGAAGACGACGAUGAAGAUGUUGAUGAAGAAAAUACCAGCGAUGCGCGAUUCCGGCGAAUGCACCUCCUUUUUGAUGAAGAGGAUGAAGAAAGUGCCGACUCUGACAAUGUCGAGCAUGAAGAAGAUGAUGGACUGGAGUUAGAUGAUGAUGAUGAUGAUGAUGAUGAAUAA